AUGCAAAUGGAUAAUGCCAAUGAUAAUGAAAAGGAUUUGGAAAGUCAAAAAAGUUCCAGGCAGAAUUCAGCGGAUCAAAGCAUAAGUUCAGAAAACGUUGGUUAUAAUUACAAACAAUUUUCUCACUCAACAUGGUUAGACUUCACUAAAAAUCAAGAUCCAAUUUCUGGACUUGAAGGUGAACAUAAUGCUGAUAUAAAACUUUGUUAUCCUGGCUAUGCUACCGUACGAUCAUAUUUAUAUACAACUAUCGGAGGUGUAACUCAUAGUUGGGGACAUCUGAACUCUUAUGAAGGUUGCAAAGAGGCUUUUAAUUAUUAUAGAACGGAAUUUAUGAGUGGAAUAUUAUGUUGUUUAACUGUACUGCCCGAAAUUAUCGGGUUUUCAUUCCUUGCUGGGAUCCCUCCUCAUAUUGGAUUGCAUGGAACUUGGAUGGCUUUGUUGGUAUCUACCAUUUUUUCUGGAUGUCCAGGGAUCAUAAAUGGUCUUAGUGGUUCAUUUUCUGCUGUCAUUAGAAGAUUCAAUGAAGAAAAACCAGAAUUUGCACUUGAAAGGACCUUGAUAGCUACUCUAUUCGCAAGUAUUAUUCUCAUUAUGUUCUCAUUUGCACAAUUUGCCGCAAUCUCCCAACUUUUAUCCACUUCGGUGGUAAUAGGUUAUUGCAAUGGUCUUGCUAUUUUGAUUGCAAAAGCUCAACUUCAUGGAUUUAUAGAUCAUCAUACUGGUGAUUAUGUUACAGGAUUUGUACUAUGGAUAAGUAUAUUGUACUGUGUUUUAUCAUUUGCCAUAAUGCACUUUGCUGGAAAAAUCAAGUUUGUUGAAAAAUAUAUCCCUCCAGCUUUACUAUCUGUUGUUAUAGUAGUGCUCUUAGAUUCCACUCUGAUUAGGAAGUACUUUUCACACAAAGGGGUUGUGGUUACACUUGGUGAUGUUACAACCGUGAACCCACAAAACAGAUUCCCUUCGCUACUAUUUUGGAGUAAUCAAUUUAAUAUCAAAAAGGUUGAAUUUGAUAUUUUACUGUUGAAGCAAACCCUCACCUAUGCAUGUCUAAUUAUAAUGGAAUCUCUCAUUAUUUCCGAUAUCAUUAAGUCACUAUCAGAUUUCAGCCAGGAGGACAAUCAACAAAUCUUUUCCCUAGGCGUUGCAAACAUGAUAUCUUCUUUCUUUGGAGGUACUGGAGGUAGUUCCAUGAUCGGGAUAUCAAUUAUGAAUAUAAAGGCUGGAGCUACGGGGAAAGAAUCGGGGAUAAUCUGCGGUUUAUGCCUUUUUGCUGUAAUGGUAGGGGGUUAUAAUAUAUUGGCACACAUACCUCUUACUUGUUUGUGUGGAAUAAUGUUUAGUGUUGCUUGCCAUUGUUUCAAAUGGUUCACUAUUCCAAUGAUUGUGUUUUCAUUUUUCCCUGAACAAAUUAGGAACCUGCGUCCAUGUAUGAAGAGGAAGAUUAAGCGUUCUGAUGCAUUAGUUAUAUUAAUUGUUACAUUAUCUUGUGUCUUUUUUUUGGUUCCCAUAGCUGUAUUAAAUGGAAUUGUAAUUACUUCAAUUGCGUUCGUAUGGCAAUCCAAGAGCAAGGUUAAGGUUGAUUUGUAUUUCGACACAGAUGCGAAUAUAAAGUAUUAUGAGAUUGAAGGGAAUAUUUUCUUUGCUACAAAGCGCGUAUUAACACGUGUGUUUACUCCAAAUGAAGAUCCUCAAACUAAUGUGGUUGUUUUUUUAGCAAAAUCGCUUCUAUUCGACUACUCCGCUAUUGAAACUAUCAAUUCCAUAAAGGCAAAAUAUGCGAGCUUGGGAAAGACACUCUUGAUUAAGGGAUUGAGUUAUGGCUGUACUAAGAAGGUCGCCAAGAUGAAUCACCUUGUUAGACAUAUGGAAAUUGAUUUGGUCGGAUUCGAACCUCCUGAACUUCCAUCCCUCUACAGUGACUUGGAUAAAGUAAAGGAUAUGAUAGAUGCAACGGAACCUCACAGGCAUAGAAUUGAUUGGGAUAAAAAUGAAAGGGAUAAAAUUUCAAAUGACACACACUAA